UGCAGCAAAAGAAACUCGCAUUGAUGCAGCAUUGCUUUGUGAUCUCGGCAUCUGCUUGAAAUAGAAAAGAGUAAUUUGUAAUAUUCAUUGACACGAUGGUGCAUAUAAAUUGUCAGCAUUGUAAAGUAACUGUUUAAAAGUGUCUAAUUUAUUUUAUAAAUCUUUCCGGUUAAAAAAAAAUCCUCGUGAAAUCACGUUCCAAUUCUAACCAGUCAACCAUGGAUAGGGGCCAUGAUGGAUUUUAAGUCGUCGUCUUUAUUUUGCAGCAACAGGUCAGCCAGCGAGCAUAAUGCUCAGAAGAAGUUCCCGGCUUCAGUCAAAAGCUGCCGCUAGACGAUCUCAUAAUGUCGAUGAACCGCACCCAAAACGGAAAAGAAUGGAAGAGGUCGAGCACAGAGAAAAGAGGAUAAUUUGUUGGAGGCAGCAGUUUAGAAUACAGAACCAGUUUAUGCCAAUAUCCCACAACUCAGCCAUUACAUCUUCGUGCCUUGUACCUGCUGGAACUUCUGAUCUUUCCUGCUGUGAGACACUUUCUGUUGCUGAUCGCACUAGUGGGGCAUUCACAAGGGGAAUACUCCAAUCCAAGACAUCUGAAUCUGACCAAGAUGGGGAUGUUUCCCUUGAUGAAGAGGAAAUUACAGAGAUUCAGACAACACCUCCUAGGCAACAUACCAUUUAUCGAUUCCAGAACCAUUUCUUGACGCCCGACUCGCCCGAAAGUUUGGGGAGGAGGGAGGUAAAUCCAAUGCCUAUGCUGGACUGGGCAGACCAAGAUAUCUUGUGGACCGAAAUGCUGAAAAAGGAGGAUAAGUACCAACAUAGUCCUCACAUUAUGGAAAACCACAGUAAACUACAACCAGGCAUGAGGGCCGUUCUGAUGGAGUGGCUUAUGGAGGUGUGUCAGCUGCACACCCUUCAGAAGGAAACAUACUACUUGGCAGUUGACUACAUUGAUCGCUAUCUGAUGAAGACAGAAGAUAUUCAGCCAUCAGAACUUCAACUAAUUGGAAUCACAGCUCUUUUCUUAGCAUCUAAAGUAGAGGAAAUCUACCCUCCCAAGAUGUCUGAGUAUGCAUUUUUAACAGCAGAGGCAUGCACUGAGGAAGAUAUGAAACAGUGUGAGGUUAUCAUGCUUAAGGCAUUGAAUUGGGACUUGGUACCUGUGACUGUCAACACUUGGCUAACAUUGUACCUACAGUUAAUGAAAAUUCAUGAACGUCAGGGCGAGAGGAUGAAGACCAUACCUCAGAAUAUCAGCCAUCCUUGCUAUUCUGUGAAUUACUAUUUACAUGUCGGCCGGUUACUGGAUCUCAGCAUGCUGGAUAUUGGAUGCCUCGCAUAUAAAUAUAGCAUUUUGGCUGCUUCUGCAUUGUAUCAUGUCACUGCUCGUCUUGAUACAGUGCUGACCAUCACAGGUGUGGACAAGCAUGACCUUCAUCAGUGUGUUGAGUGGAUGACACCAUUUGCCACUGUGCUUCAGACAGCUGAGCCUCUAGUCUUGCAGUCAUUUCCAGAUGUGAAGCUUGGUGAUGCCCAUCAAAUUCAGUGCCACGCCGUUAAGCUGAGGAUGCUGGAUGAUGUUUUGGCAAUCAGAGAGCGCAGUCCUGCUGGCGAUUCAGCAAUAUCGCUUACUCCACCAGCCAGUAACAAGAAAAACACCUAUACAGAUGACUCGGGUAACAGGCAAAGAUGAUUGUUUCUCUAGCAAUAAAAUGGAAAACUUUACCUCUCCAGGAUAUCAAGCUCUUGGCUUCAAAAGAGUCAUCCACUCAAAAAUAAGCAGUAAAUAGCUAACAACUGGUCUAGUAAAUAUUUACACACAUAUUUCAAGUACUGUGGUUAAAGGACUGUCAAUUUAGCCAGCACUACAAAUGGUUUGGAAGGAGUAGCUAAGGAGCCUGUGAGACACUGCACUGUCAUUCUGCGCAACAGGUGAUGUUUGUUUCAACUCUUGUCAGAUUUAAUGCUACUUUCAUCGCCUAACUAGAAAAACUUGUAACACUUGACAGACAUGUUCAGACAAUUCAGAGGGUCACUUGACCAUAUACAUGUAAUCUCAUUUUUGAUGCUUGUAUUUUGAUUGCUGUCCUCAGAUCGUUUUGUCCAUAAAUUGCAACUUUUUAUGAUUAGUCUAGAUGUCUUGGUGUUGUGUCUUCAAGUUUAGGAUGGUGGGCUAAAAGGUAUAUAUUGUGUGCAGUGCCUUCUUUCUGAAAAUUCUGUUGUCCAUCAACAAACUGCAUUUUUAUGCAAAACACGGAAAGCAGCUGUAAAAUUUUUUGAGCAGUAUAUCCUUUACGUGAAUGCCUAGCACUUUUUAAAAAAGUGAUGUUCCUGCGGCAGCUGGAAUCUGUAAUUGUAAGGUGAAUUCUGAUAAUAAUUUUAACUUACUGUUUAUAUACCUUAAUUCAGGUGCUUUCAUUGACAAUUUCGCGUACUGUAUACAACUGAGCAACUGUGUUGUGUGGAAGAGAUGAACAUCUGGCAAAAAAAGAAAGCAAUUAAUGAAAUGAGGCACAUUUUAUUUUUUAUUUGUGUGGUGUUACUAACUUGUGUAUCUAGUUCCAAUACUGUGUAUUAUUUGUACAGGCGACAUUUUUGCUCAUUGCCAAGAAAGUUCCCAAAAAAGUCUUUGUUUGUUUUAAUCUUUUGUAACAUACAACUUAAUGUGAGAGGGGAGAAUUUUUUGAGUGGUGCUGGCGAAAGUCAUGUAUAUGUCAAUAACAAAUGGUGGUAUGGAGAACAUUUGCUUUAAGUAUAGGGCACCUGCAGUGUUUGUGUGAUCUGUGCUAUGGUUUCUUGCCUAAUGUUCACAUAAUGGUGAUAACGUUUGGAUUUCUUUUCUAUCUUGUUUUUUCCUGGUCUAUUUGCCUCCUACAACUGGAUUUGUGGUGGGUAGUAUUUUACUUGAUUUUUUGUUUUGUUUUUUUUUUUUAAUGUCAUGGCCCAGACCACUGCCUCUUUUACAUGUGUUUUCCCUUCAAUUUAAUGGCUUGGUUUGCUUCAGCAUGCUGAUGCAAGCCUGGAUAAGAUGGAUUGUUUUUUUUUUGCCCUGGAAGUCACACACAGGGUCUGUAGCUUCUAGUCCUUUUCCUUUCUAGGGAAAUUUUUUGUUCUAGCUCCAGUUUAUUUUUAGUUUCUGAUCCGAACCUGUACAGAGAAAAAUUGAGUUUUUGUGAAUUUGAUUGUUUAAUUGUGCAGUCUGUGUGUUGCUGUGUUUACUAGAAGUUUGCAGAGGAUAAUACAAUCCAACUAAAUUCAAAUACUGUAAAAAUCAAAUACUUGGUAAAAGUUAGUCCCACAACGAAACUGUUGGUUCUGGACAAUUUCAAGUGCAUCCCCUUUCCACACAUACUCCUAGAAUCAUUUGAGGUAAGCGCUUAUAAUGGCUUUUUUUUUUUCUCUUUUUUUGAUGGGUAAUAAUGGAUCUUUACACUAAAUGACCAAUAAAAGUUUGGAAAUUAUUUCCUUUUUUAAAAAGUGAUUAGAUUUAAAAGCUUUCUGCAGCUAUAGUUUCUGUAAAGCUGGAUGAUCAAGUUGGCAAAGAAAGAAAUUUCUGAUGAGAAAUACUAUUGGAAAUGAUGUUGCUUUAAGUGACAGCUUAAUAUGCCUUUCAGUAAAAAUGUUUUGCAACAUCAAACAGCUUGAAUGCUGUGAGGCAGAUGUGCCAACUUAAACACAAAGACAUUUGUCAAAUAUUUGCAAGGGAAAGACAGGAGCACUUUUGGCCAGAUGCAAAAUCAGACAGUAUUUAAUGUGGGACAAUAUUUUGCCACGGUCAUAUGUUGAGCGUCUUUUAUGUAAGGAGACAGAAAUUUUCUAAUUCGUGUCAUUCCUGACUUCACAAACUUGCCAUUGUCGGCAGCCAACUCUGUGACCAAGACAUUUCGACAAGAAUUCCUAGACUGCUGUGCCAGAGAAAUUCACUUAUGGAAGUGUUUUUGCUUCUUUAUCAUCCCUACAAUUAUUAACAUGUAAUUUGCUUCAGAAAUGGGUCAACUUCUCUGGCUACAACCUAUGUGGAUAUCAAAGACAUCACAAGUGUUUUUUAGUCCACUUCAUAUUACUUGGGUAACAACUCUAGCUUAAUUUCUUUAAGGCCAUUUAAAAACUUUCCACACUUGAAAUCAAUGAUUAUUGACAGGCCCCGAACAUUUUAAGAGUUCUUUUGUUGGAUUCAGUGAUGUCAUGCUGGAGGUGACAGUUGUUUUCCUUGCCCAAAGUAUGAUUAAUAUUUUAGUCCUUAAGCAUUUCUUAAAAAUUGGAAUGGGUUGCGUGCUUUGUCAAUUUGCUGACUUUUACUUAACCGGUGUUUUCAUUCAUUUGAAUCUAGACCAUUGAUAAUUUUUUUUUAAAUUCAGAUUUUUAUUUUUUGCUCCUUUUCUUCAAAUUGGCUUUGCAUUUGUUUUCAGUUUUUCCUUUAGUGUCUGAUAAUAAAUUUUUUCUUUCUUUUUUCUUUUUUUAUAUAUAUAUAUAAGCCAGACAUGCAAUUUACACUGACAUAUUUGUAAGUAGACACCAGAUCAAGGCCCGUGUUUCAGCAUUCCUGUACUUUGUGAAAAUUCAGUGUUCACCUUUCUCAAGAUUUUGUUUGCUGACUGACAUUCGUGAUUCAUUUGUUGUUUGUAUAGGCAGAAUGCUGCCUUUUUAUCAGUCAUAAUCUAUCCUUGAGACCCAUGAUAACCAACUAGAUAAUGCUCUGGUGAGUAUAAAAUCUCAUCAUUUGUGUGGUUUCAUUAUUUAAAAUUAAUUUAUUUGUGUACUUUAACUGGUUGCUGGUAAUAGUCACAGCUCCAUCUGUACGAGAAAAAGGUGAAUAAUUUAUCAAACAGCUACAGUUAAGAGAAAUUAUUAGUGUGCAAUUACUUGCAAUGAUAAUGUUUUUUUUGUGCAUACUAAUUUGAGCGUAUUGUAUUAAGACAGCAAUAUGUAAAUAUAUGUGCUUCUGUGUUCUGGCAUUUAGCUUAUCUACAAUGUUAAUAUUUUUAUCAAUUCCACAUGAGGUGUUUCAGAGUAUCUGCUGUGUAGCCAAUGCAUUUUGUGCUAGGAAGACUUGUACCAUUUUUAUUUCGAACACAUUGCAUUGUGCCUUAAUGGCCAUUAUGUGUUUGGGUAUCUGCUUUGUCUUGUUAUUCCAGAUUGUGUUCAACUUCAACCUCUGCCAUGCCUUUGUGUACCAGACUGCAUUUAACAUGUAUGGUACAUUAAUGUCUGAUAUUUCUGGCUGGUGUUCCUAUUGUCAUGUUUGUAUUUAAAAGCCAAGUGCAGCUUUUCUAUGAAACUGCUUAUCCACUUGGGGGAAAAAAAACUGUAAUGAAUGCUUGUGAGAAAUUUGUGUAUGACUACUAAUACAUUUGUCUAAUGAACUAAUGAAAUCAAAAAGGUCAUCAAUUAUGCAGUUGAAUGUCAAAUUGUUUUAAGAACUCUUUUACGCAUUUCAAGACUUGAUUAGGGUUGAGUUUGUUUCUGCUGCCAGAGAUGAUUGAAUGAAAUACACCAGGUGUGCAUGUGUUUCAUUAACAUUGAAUUGGGGAUGGUUUUCCUUUGCACCAUUCUUAAAAUUUCUGUGUUGGGUGCACAUUUUUCCUUUGUGGUUCAGUUGUACUGAUAUUACAGUGACUUUUCUUUUUGGAUUGGAUGGCCUGAUUGCCAUAAACUAUUUUGAAGGGAAAUAAUGGCUGGAUUAAAUAAAUUUACUGGGUCUUUCAGCUUCAGCAUCUUUCAGAGGUCUGGUUUUUUUUGGUUUUUGUGUUGUUUUUUUAAAAACCAGAAAAUCCCAUCUUGAUAAACUUUAUCAUGCUAUCUUUGCUAAUGGUGUUCUUUUUUUGCAGUGUACAUAUAAUUGCAUAAAAGCUGAAGUAUGAAUGUAUUUAUGAUCGAAGUCCAUAAACGUAUCACUUUUCAUGAAUGCAAGGGCAUCACUGACAUCUCAAAGACAUAAAGGCAUCAUUUUUUUAAAAAUUAAAGUAAUACAUUGUCAUGUCUCAAGCAUCUGGAAGUAGAUGCAGGAUGUUAAAGGUUUCAUAGUGUGCUUCUAGAUUUCUUUGAAUUGUUCUCUAAUAGUAAUACCAGCAAAAGCACAGAACACUUUUGUAAGUGCCUUUAUUAUAGGAAAGAGUAGUUGGGCUGUAUAUAUGCAUUUUUGUAAAAACCAUUUGAGGUUAAGUGCCAGCUUGAAUCAAAUGUCAACCUGCUUGGCAGCUAACUUGAAAAGCCAGCAUAAAACUUGCAAGAAAGAUGAGUCUGCAUUUUUGCGUAUGGUUUGUUUAAAGGUAAUCUUUAUUCCAUCAUUUUGCAUUGGUGUACUAGAAGAUAAAUUGUGAAUACUUGUUGGACAGAUGGUAUUUGUGUACAUUAUCAAUUCACACUUUCUUAGUAUGCUUUCAGACCUCAUUAUUGUCAAACUGUGAUCUUUACCUGUAAAGAAAUUGUUGCUUACACUCCCAACAUCUUUGCUUUGAGGACCAUAUUAAACUCUCCAAAAUAUUCUGAAUGCGGCAUGUAUUUCUAGUACCAAGCCAUGAUGAGCCGUUGUUAGACAUGCAUAACUAUCAACAUUUAGUCAUAGAUAAUGACGUUUCAAUCAUCUUUCCAUAGCCAGAAUUAUACAGUUAUCACAACAUGUCUUGAAUAAAAGAAUGCUAUUUUA